AUGAGCCUGCCUUUUGUCCAUGAAGAGUCUCUUGAUUUGGCUGAUAUGGCCGAUUCUUUACUCUUAGAUAAGAUAUGUACCUUGGAAAUUGAUGAUUCUUUAAGUGAAGAGACUGAACAUGAAAUCUAUGCUUUAGUCCAUUUUGGUGAUUCAGAAAGCCAUGCAGUAAGUAAUCUUAAGCGGUUAGAACCCGUGGAAAGUCGUCGUUACUUCCAAAGUACGAUUGUUUGUUAUCAAUGUAAAAAUACUGGACAUACUUCUCGUGAUUGUAAAGAAAAUUCAACCUUCCUAUGUAGUAUUUGUGGUCAAGGCGAUCAUCGCCGGCAAAGGUGUCCUUUACGUGUUUGUCGUAUUUGUAGUGCGGCUGGUCAUCCGGAGAUGGUCUGUUCGCAACGGUUUUAUAUUCCCACUUGCCGUGGCUGUAAUAGUAAGACACAUACUUUACCCGAUUGUCCUGGGUAUCGGAGAUAUGUAUCCGUUUGGGCAGCUAGUGCAUUAGUUCAAAAAUCAUGUAGUUUUUGUGGUGAUCAGAGUCAUUAUCUUUCUGAAUGUGUUUUGGCCGAUGAUCCAUGUUCAGUUACUUUUUAUGUUGCCCCACAACGGUAUAAUGGCCGUUUAGUAGCUAGACCGGCUAAAUCAGGCAGUGCAUCGGCUGCCAGUCAGUCUAAUAGUUCACUUGAUAAGAAAUCACUAUCUAAAAACAAAAGUAAAAGCAAAUCUAAUAAUGAUAUGGGUUUGAGUUUGGAAGGUAGUGCUGGUAGUGGUAGUGUUAGUGGUAGUGGUAGUAGUGGUAGUGGUGAUAAGAUAAAAAGCAAAACGAAAGAUAAGAAUGUUAUUGAUUUGGGGAAAGGAUCCGAUGAUGGUUUGAAGAAGGGGAAGAGUAAGAAGAAGAGUCCGAGAUAG